AUGGACGGUUUACCAUUUAUACCAGGAUUUCGUUUCAAUGAUAUAACGGUAAGUGCAUAUUGUCUGUAAUACAUAAUAUUAUAUUCAGGGGCGUAUUUAAAUAUUGGUACUAAUUUACUAUACCUAGGUACGUACUUACAGCAACAAAUAUUAACAUUUUUUAACAAUUACUUCCUCUAAGUAGAACUUUCCUUGAAAGAGGGGUGGAAUUUUAUGCCCCGAAUGGAAAUAGUGGAAUUUUUCUCUUUAAAUAGCCUUUUUUUUUUUUUUUACUUAUUUUAUAAUUAUAAUAUGAAAAGAGCUUCAUUUUUUAAAUGUUUCGGGGCGCCAAAACUCUAAAUACGCUCCUUUUUACAUAUUAUAUUGUUACCUAUUCAAUUUGUCAAAAUUGAUUGUUGAUUCGAUAUUAGAUAUUAAUGAACCAAUAAUAAAAUUUUGCUUACACAGAAAAAAUAUCAUCAUUUGAGUUCUCAAUUCCAAUGGAAAAACGGAUAUGCACUACCCAAAGACAAGUCCAUUGGCAUUGGGAAAGAUCCUUUGGACGUGGACUCCAUGUUUUAUACUGAAACACUGAAUGGAACAUGGUAGAAAAAAUGAAACAAAUCUAUUUCACCGGGCAUUUUUUUUUCGACAUUAGUCAGACGAACUUGGAAGUUCGGAAGUUAUAGACAUAUAUUUAUUAGGUUCCGCGCGUAAAUGUACCAAUGUAGUUUCAUGUUCGUGCCUUCAACCACCUCCAUUCGUUCGAAAUAAACCCUCGAUUUGUAAUCAAAAUUCAAAACCAUUCAGGUAGCCGGUAAGUCACUUAACGUUUUUCUAAAAAAAUGAACUCACCCGUAUAGUGCAAACAAAUGUAUAUUAAACGACCAUGAAGGUUGAGAGUAUUGUAAGACGUCGGCUUUGACAGUAGUCAUACAUAAUAUUUGGUACACUUACGCUUAUGUCAGUGUUCCGAGCGAUCUUAAAAUGUCUAUAACUUCCAAAUAAAGUCCGUUUGACAAACAACAUUUACAGAUCAGUAAUUGACAUUAAAAUUAUGUACCUACUACCUAUUGUUUUAAAAAAUAAUCAGAAGAGGGUGCACGGUGGAAAUAAAUUUAUAUUCAAAACAAAUUAAUCUAAGCUACUUAAAUAUUUUUUUAGUUUUUUGUAAAUAAUAGAUAUAAGUGGUUGCUUAAUUUAUAGGUAACUUGUAACUAUUUUAAUUUGAACAUAAAAUGUAAUAAAUUAUCGCUAUUGAAAAACGAUUCUAUCUGAAGUUCUAUUAACCAUGUUUUAAUAAACAUAAAAUUGUUUGAAUUCGUAGGUACCUAACUAUAUAAUAAAUUAAAAUUUACCCUAUUUUUAGAUUCUGAGUAAAGUGAGAAAUGUAUUGAUAUUAAAUAUAGUAAAUAAAUGUAUAAAUAAAAAAUUAAUGAAUGAAUACGUCACCUGGAGUAUUCUGAUAUGUGUAUUAUACAACAUAUAAUACACUUAUAAUAUUCCAAACGAGUCUCAUUCAUUUAUUUAUUUUAUAAUAAUAUUAUACGACCGGUUUCGAAUUGAAAAUUCAUCAUCAAGUAUAUCACAAAGUCAAAAUGUAAAAUACGACUGAAUAUAAUAAAUUAAAUGAAUUUAUACAUAGAAAAAAAAAUUAUUCAAAUUGAUCAUUUUUUAUAGAAAUAAUUUAUUUUAACAAGAUAGUGAUUAUUUAAAAUGAGUAAUUAUUAGACAGAGAUAUGUUAAGAAGUAUAAAUUAUUUGGUUAUUAUUUAUUAUCUAAAAUGUGUUGAUAUAAGAUUAUUUUUAAAAUCGGUUUGUACAUUUAAAAUAUAUAUUAUUUUUCUUUAUUUCAUUGUAUAUAAUAUGUAAUUCAUUGGUAUUGGUUUUACAAUUAUGUUCAUUUUUUAAUUUUUCUUUUUUCUUUGGAUAACGUUUCUACCAACAAUUUUGCUCAGAUUUACAAUGAUAGCAUUUCUUCUGUUAGGAAAUCUGACUGAGGUAGUUGUUCUAAUAAAUGGAAUCAACCGGGAAAAAAACAAGAAAAUAGGUGCAAUUUCAAACAAAUAUUAUACAAAUAUAUAUAUAUAUAAUAUACUUAUGAUGUAAUUUUACAUUUUACUAUAAUAUGGCAUACAUACCUAUAUAUUAUUGACAAAGCUACACUGUUAGCCGAACUCCACUCAGAAUCGGUUUUUCAUGGCAAUGGUUAAUCGUUGCGUACAGAUAUACGUUCAAAUUUCUCUUUACCUUCCCAACUUCUUACCUCCAACAGUGCCCCACCCACAUAUAAAGUAUGUCCAUUUUUUUUUUGUCUUAAAUUGUAUAGAACCAAAUAGGUAGUAGGUAUCCACAUUAAUUGGAAAAUCGUUUUUACGAUUUCACUCAAAUUUUGAAGGUUUAUAACCUUAUUAAAAAAAUUGUGGAUACGAACUUUUUAAAUAAUUUCAAAGUGUCAUUAAAACACCUUAUAAUGAACCUUAUAUCGAAUUUUUAAAAAUCCAAAAAAAAAUUUAUAAUAAAACAAAAUAAAAUUAAUUGUUAAAACACGUCAAAACAUAAAAGCUUUAUAUUUUUAAAAUUACACUACGUACCUAUGUAUAGAACAGACUAAUAUAACUAUUUAGUAUUUUAUUACUAAUUUUAAUUAAUUAGUAUUGAAUGAAAAUUUUUAGGUCUUUAUGAUUAUUUCUGACUAAAUUACAACAAAAUAACAUAAUCAAAAAUAACAUAGAAAUCGUUAGUACAUAAAUAUUUCCCGUAUUUCCCUUCAAUUAUAAAGAUAACCACAAGUAAAAUAGAAAAAUAAACUUCUCAAUAUACCGGCUUGAUAAAAUUUGCUACGAAAAAUUUUUUUUUCCAGUUUUCGAUUGGAGCAAGGUUUUUGGUAGAAAAAUUGUAACAGACAGAAAAAAACAUCCUUUAGUAUAACCAGCAGGUACAUUCCUCACUACUUUUAAAAUCUAAAAACAUAAACCAUAAAAGACUCAGGUGAUGUAAACAUAAUAUGAUUGUGAAAAAAUAUUUUUUUUAUAAAUACGGUCAAUAGAGACUACGCCAUAUAGUGCCAUCCAAAACUAAAAUUAUAUUUUUACAAGAUGAUUCUCUAAUCGUACAACAACACUAUUUUGAAGAGUAUUGAAUUUUUGCAAAAAAAUAUUGUUUGACAAUUUAAGAAAUAAUAAGCAACUCUAAAAAGUUACCAAUAUUACCGUUAUUUUCAAAAAGUCAUAAAUAGUUAUACUACCUGUUAAUUUAAAUAAAUUUUAGUGUUGAAGUUUAUUUUUAACUAAUACCUACUAUAUUAAUUCAGUUUAUAGGAUUUUUAAUAUAGGCUGUCAUUUGAGUAUCAAAAUAUUCAGAAUUAGGUAGUCAUUUCAUCCCCAAAAAUAAUGGAAAUGUAAAAUUUUAGAGCUGAUUGUUUCUUCGAUGGCGAAAACAAUUGUUUUUUGAUUUUCCUCCAAGCAGUUUUCAUAAUAAUUGGGGAAAAACGGGAAAAUUUACGAAAAUAAUGCUUUUAUUAUUUUCAAUUUUAUUUUUUUGUUGUAAUUCAAUUUAAAAUGUCAGUAGGGAAUUUAAAUUUGGACAGAAAAUUUAUAUUUCCUUUUUAUAAACGUGUUCAAAUUUUCAAAACAUUUAUGUCUUUUUUGAGCUAUUUAUAGACAUUAUAAUUUUGCGAGUUUUUUACUUAAUUUAUGUUUGGUGUGUACUUUGUGGAUAAAAAUUAGAUUAAACAAAAAUGCUAGACAAUUUGACAGGAAGUUCAUUGUAAGUUGUACUUUGUAGUAAAAAAAAUUUUAAUGUAAUAUUUUUUAUUUUUUAUAAGUUUUAAAAUCAAACGUCGAUGAAAAUCGUAAACAUUACGACCUUUCAAAAUAUGUCUUACAGAACAUCGCUCCGAAUCGUUUUUCGUUAGCAAUCGUUUAUUGUUGUAUAUAGAUAUAAAUUAAAUAACUUUUAUGUAUUCUACCUACCCUACUUUGUACCUACGACAGUGGUUGCAUCCAUUCCUAGUACUUACCAGCUGUUUUAUUUUUGAUUAAACUUAAUUUACCUAAACAUUAUAGUUAAGUUAGGUACCCAUGUUAUAUUAUAAUUUACAGUUAUAAUUCAGAAUUGACUUAUGGGAAAGCGAAAGACCCGGUCAAACCAAUUGUUCAACCACACUUUACAUUAUUCGAUGGAAAAUGUCUUGCCUUCAAUGGUUUUACUGUACAGACUGAAACGGAAUCACCUUUAUACACUUUCAGAGUACGCCAUGUUAAAAUCACAUACUACUUGGUUGACGACACAAUUAGCGUUUCGGAACCCAUUGUAGAGGUAAGUAAAACUUAUUCGUAAGUACCUACCUACUUACAUAAAUCAUUUAUCUUGGUUUUACUAUGAUGUGUGCUUUUUAUUUUCAUGUUUUGUCUGUGAACAACUUACUUUUUUUCCAGAAAUCUUACUCCGACAUUUCAUGUGUAGCACAUUUCCUGAAGGAAAUUUUAUCCAAUUGUACAUUGGGGAGGUAUUUUUUUUGAUUUUUACCAACUACAUAUUAUAUUAUAACAGGGUGCACUGUUUCCAUCAAUACCGCAUGUAAUGCGAAAUUGUUUUGUGAUUAAAUUUACGAUUUAUUGUAAACAACACGAAUUUUGAAAACACUGAAAAAUAUAAAAAUAAUAUAAUACGAUGUGUUUCUUUACAUUCCCGGUGAAAUACUCGACAAGAUUUUAAAAAAAAAAAACGCGUGCCAAUUGAAUCGGUACUUAUAUGCAGGCCCGUCGGGUAGCAAGUCCUGCAUUGCUUUAGGGCUUUGCUUAUCUUGCAGAAUAAACACCAAUCCGUCGAUAGAAGAAAUAUUAUGGCCAAACAUCCUUGGACAAACGCGCGCAAUCGAGCCGCCAUCGGACAUUUUACUUUUGGCAAUUUUUUUUAUAAUUAAUAGGUAUCUAACCUACCUAAUAAUAAUUAUCGUGUUGAAAACAUACUGUAAUGAUGUUAUUUAUUUUUCAACUCUAAUAAAUCCAGCGGUCAUGAAAACACCACGUUGAUUUUGCCUAUAAGAAGUUAUUAUUAACAUUAAAAUGCUGUUGAGUUAUAAUAAAGAUUUCGUUUUUUCCUUCUUGCGAUACAGAACGCGGGUUACGUCCAAGGGUGUCUGUUAAAACGAGGUCAAGUGCCGAAUCCGCGCCGUAAAAACCGUACGUGGCACUGGUCCGACUUAAACAACGGCGUGGAACUGUCGUUGUACGGCGUUAAGUACAAGUUAUGCAGCUGCGAUGCGUUCACCAGACAGUUCUUGUCGAGCCAAGGCGUGGUGGUGAACGCUGACGAACCGCUGCCGGACGACCCUUACAUGACCGCCAGACGGCAACACCAGCAGCAGCAGCAGCAGCAGCAGCAGCAGCAACAACUGUUGGUAAAAACAGUGGCCAAUUAUAAUGGCACCAGUCAGUCGGCCGAAGACCAUAAGCUGAAACAGUUCUUGGAGUUCGACCGUAAAGUACUGAGGUAGUUAUCUAUUUGCAGUGCUGUCUGGUGGUACAUACAAUUGAGUAGGUACCGCGAAUUAAGAUACGCUGAUAUAUCUUAAUCCGUGGUUAGGUAGGUAGGUACCUAAUAUUAACAUUCCGAGUGGGUACAUUUUUUUCGGUUUUUUUUAAGUACCUACCUACCUUACCUACUAGAAAUACGUACACGAUUUAAAUAUGCUAUUAAAUAUAUUGGUCUAAUCAUAUAGAACUAUAACAACGAAACAAUUUAUCAUUUUCAAUUAAAUGUUUUUCAAAACUCGGUAAAACAUGUAAAAAAAAAAACACCAAACAGUGAGGCAAUGUUAUUUCAAACGACAGUACUUAAUUAUGAAAUCGUUUUAAAGUUUGAUCAACUUUAUAUCGUUUUUUUUUGUUUUAAUUAUAAUUAUUGACCAAUACAUAUUUUAUUUGGGUACUUAUUUCGAAAGGUUCUACGGAGCAUGGAACGUAAACAACUCAGAACCUGCAGAAUGGAAGUUUUUUGUACUUUUAUACUACUUGGCCGAUGACCGAGUAGAAAUUAACGAAUCAAAAGACAUGGGGAAUACAUGUGGUCAAAAGCCAUUCCCUCUGUUUUUAGGUAAAAUAAAAUUACCAAAGGACUGGUCACAUUUACCGUGUAAGUACUAUUACCUAACUUAACCGAACCUAUAAGUAAUUAUUAUAAAUUUGUUAAAAUUAUUUUACCCUAAUAACAUUAUUAGCCUAUAUUCAGAUCAAAAUAUCACCCGAUUACAGUCCAAGGCAGUGAUUCAGAUAAAUAAAUAACUGAUUUUAUAUUAAUUAUUAUUAUUAAUAAUAUUUUAUUAUACACUACAUAACAACAUAUUUUAAUCAAUACAAUAAACUGGUGGUAGUGUUUUGGUAAUAGUGUAUUUCAUUAUAAAAACAUGGAAAUUGAAUUUGUAUUAGCCCAAAAAAAGUCUUCAAAAAUUUAGUCAUUUAAAAAUUACAAUUCAUACUAAAUUUUCUUGAAAUUAUUAAAUACCUACUUAUCUAGAUUAAUGCAAAAUAAAACAUUUAUUUAUGUGUGAUGUGUUUGUUUUACAGAUAUUAAGUUAGUAAAUGUAAUAAUAUAAAUAUUAAAAAAAUAAGAAUAGAUUUCAAAGCACAACUUAUCAUCAACUUAAUCACACAAUUUUCAAAAUUAACAUUUAUGGGUACAUCAUUUAUAUUUUAAUAACAAAUAAAUUUAUACAUUUUAAGCAAUCUUCCCAUCUACAUGCUUGGAACCUAACAGUAAAGAAUGUCAAGAAUAUUACCAACCAAGAGAUUUUAUAAUAGGAAAUACUAUUUUUGUAAUGGGUCGGAGGUGUGUAAAUGCUUAACUAUAAUCUGUGAUUAUUACUUUGUUUGAAUUUCAAUUAAUUUUUAGAUUUAUACUGUACGAUUGUGAUCCAUUUACAAGAAAGUAUUUUAAAGAUAUGUUGAAAAUUGUUCAACCCAAUCCUAUUCAAAUUAUAGAACCAAAAACCAACUAUACAACUGACGAGUAUAAAAAGGUAUAACCUAUCCAUUUGUAUUAAACUAUUACCAAACCAUUACAAUAAUAAUGCAAAUAGUUUUAUAUCAUUAUAGGUAAUACCACCUCAUACAGGUAUUGGGGAUCCAGAUGAUACACGCCAGAAUUGUUUAUCACUCAUACCUAAGCCACCGAAAACUGUUGAUUUUGUUACAUAUGUGCUAAACGCUAACAAAAAACUUAGAUAUAAAUUGAAGAUGGUAGCCGUGUAUGAAGCAUAUAAUGACCGUGAUUUCAUUAUGGAAUUUUGCCUUGGCAAUAAUCAAAUGGUAAUUUACGAAGUAGUAAGUCGGAACAGUGGAUUCAUCAAGGGACGAUUCUUGUCAUCGAUUCGGUUACGCAAACCUGGAUUUAGUAUAGAUGAUAAUCAAUAUUAUGGGACUAAAGAUUUGGCUAUUGGUAAUAAUCUAUACUUAUAAAUAAUAAUACAUAAUAAAAAUACUAAUAUAUUUUUUUAAGUUAUAUUAAAUUGUGUUUUUGAACUAACGUACAUUUGUAUUAUAUUACCGAUUUUAUCUUAGAUUAAAAUUGGAAAUAUCUAGUUGUACUUAUCUAAUAAGAAUAUGUUGAGAGGUAGUGAUUUAUAUUUUUUUUCAAUGGGUAGUUUUCUUGCUAAAAUAUCCAAUUAUAGUAGGUAUAAUAUUACAAAAUAUUUAGGAUUUUACAAAAUAAUUGAUUUGUCCAUUCAUAAUAAAUAAUUAACAUACUAUUUGGUCAUGCUAUGUACUAUGUAUAAUCAAGUAAUCCAUGUUUUCAGGUGCUGAAUUACAUGUUAGAGGAUCAGUAUUCAAAAUUGUUGAGCUGGACAUGUGGACAUAUAAUUAUAUGAAUAAAAAUAAGCACAUGUUUACUCAAGAUGCUAUUGUUGGCGCUAAAAGUUAUUUGGAAAGUAAAGGUCUACUAGAUCCAGAUGCCUGA